AUGUCAUUCAACUCUUUCAUAGACAUUGGAGCAUGGCAACACGUGGAGGAAUCCCGAACAACCCCUAUCGAAGAGAUGCAAGUAUGGGAUGGGGUCAGCGACUCUAGAAUCCACUUUAGUGGCAGAAAAUCCACCGAAACGAACGUAACUGAGAUGGCAAGGCUCACGGAGAAUCUCAAUCUCCAGCGGGCUCUCCUUCGACAAAUCGAUAACUCGGCGACAUCGGGAAUUUUGACCCUUAUGGAUGAAACCAAGGUGCAAUCUAUCAAUUCCGAUGGCGAAAGUGGACAUUCGCCUCAGGGCCCACAUAACACGGGAUGGCCGUUGCUGCAACUAUCGAAUUCCAGAUCGAUCCGAGCUCGCCUCUUGGUCGGUGCGGAUGGACCGUCUUCACCUGUCCGGGCCUACUCGAAAAUUGAUAGUUUUGGUUGGUCGUACAAUAUGCGGGCCGUGGUGGCCACCCUCCAACACGAGGCACCCCUAAACUCGUUCGGGUUACAAAGGACACACACCACAGCAUAUCAGCGAUUUUUACCAACAGGUCCCGUAGCAUUCCUACCACUCUCCCCUACACGUGCAUCUCUGGUUUGGAGUACCACGCCCGAGUUGGCACAAGCCUUGGUUGAAUCGGGAGGAAAAGUUUUAGCGAGAUUGAUCAACGCAGCCUUUAGGUUACCGGAUCUUUCAAUGAAAUAUCUACAUACCUUUUUGCUCGAUAAAUGGCAAGAAAGCAAGCGUUCCCCAAAAGACUCUGCAUGGGUGACCGAAGAGGAAAUCGUUGAGGAGAUACGGUGGAGGGAGAGGUCACACUCUAUCGAUGCUGGCUCCCCAUUAAGCUCCAUCAGCAUGUCUGAUGAAUUGAGCAUACCUUCCCCAGACGCGGACAUGUACCCUCCUCUCAUUCACUCCGUUCAGCCACGCUCUGCUGCGUCGUUCCCACUCCGAAUGAACCAUGCUGAUACGUACUUGGGAUCAAGAACUGCGCUGGUUGGGGAUGCAGCGCAUACAGUGCAUCCUCUCGCUGGUCAAGGUUUGAACCUUGGUAUCGCCGAUGCGCAGUCGUUAGCGCAAACCAUUCAGUCCGCCAGUGAUCUUGGACUGGACGUGGGUUCCCCUACGGCUCUUCAAGCAUAUCCUCGUGAGAGAUAUCUGGCCAAUCACGCUAUGCUCAGUGGGGUCGACAAACUCGCCAAACUUUACGGGACCAGUUUUGGACCAGUAGUCUGGAUGCGAAGUGUGGGACUGGACGUUGUCAAUGAAUGGGACGGCUUAAAAGACAUGUUCAUGGGAGUAGCGGGUGCAGGUGAUAAAGGUCUUCAGACUGAUUUGAUCCGAAGAGGAGAAACAAAGCAAUUUCGAAGCGUAGGGGCGCAGGAAGGAGACAGACAGUCAUCACACUGGCCGAAUAUUCUUGCUACGGCAGUGGAGGGCAUUGGUGAUGCGUUCGAUGGCGCGAGAACUCUGCUAGGUGCAGGCAUGAGAAACGGCCGCCGCUAA